UAGAAAAAGGAGUGUUGUGUUAUGACGUAUCAAGAUGCAGUGAUACGUAGGUUAAAUACUUCAACCUUGUCCCCGUUCACACCGGUUUGCGAGGAACAGUAGUGUUGUUCAUCCCAUCUUCUCUCGUUUCUACUACCCGUGAAACAGUCAACACAUUCAACCCACAAAGAUGCGAACCUCAUUCUUCCAACCUCUUGGACUGCUCCUGGCUGCUGCCUCUCAGGCUGUGGCUCUGCCUCAGCAGUCCGGAGCGCCACCCGCAAUAAUCCCUCCUCCUUGCGACCCCAUCGUCCCAGAGCCCGACCUGGCAGCCACAUACGAUCGCUGGUUUGACUUCCAAAAGGCAUACCUGUUUGAUAAAGAUGUUGCGGCGACAUUCGGUUUCUUUUCUUCGAACUUCACGAGCAAAACACGCUGGAGCAGCAUGAGCCGAGACGAGUACUGGGCUAAUGAUGUCACCCAGGGUUGGGCAUCGGUCUCAAGCUACCCAACCGAUGCCUCUUUCCGUGACAACAAGGGGCACGUUGCCUACGACAUGGGCGUGAACAGGACCGGACAUGCUGGCGAUGACUUCGUAUGGGAGCAUGGAUGCAUUGUAUCGCACCAGCAGACACGUACCUAAAUGUUGGCUUGCUUACGUGCGCAUGCAAUCGAUCUAUGCGUAUAUUAGAUUAUUUUCAUGGUACAUGGUACCGUAUAUCCAUUUCGCAUCUUUAAUGUAUAGUUAUACAUAGUAAAUACCCUUUUUGGUU